AGCCUUUUUACAAUGGCACAAUCGCAGUCUUCGGGAUCUGGUCAUCCACAUGGAUACGGGCCUCCACCUACAUACUCUGCACGCAGUGGCCCGCGACAUCGGGAUCGACAACAAGAGUCUCCUCGACACUCUUCUCAGGACAACCGAUAUGCACCAUAUCAGAGAACGUCAGUAUCAGCGCAACCAAACACGGCACCACAGUAUCAGCAAGAAUAUCCCCAACAACAUGCUUACCAGUAUUCCCAGCAGUACGCACCGCAGUUCUCCCAACAAUACCUUCCGUUCAACCAGCAACAGUUGUUUAUCCAGCAACAGCAGCUCUAUCUCCAACAACAGCAGCAACAGCAACAGCAAAUGUUUGGGUUCUCGGUGCCCAUGGGACUAAAUGCCAUGGAGCAGAUGAACAGCUGGGAGUCGAUAAUGGGAGCCUUCGCGAAUGGAGUUUCAAAUGUCCCUACAGUUCAUACAGUCCCUACAGUGCCUACAGUAACAUACGACUAUCAAAAUGCACCUCCACCAGCUGUUCCCGAUAGAAGGUUCCGCUGCGACACUUGCGAAAAAUCCUUCGAUGCCCGUUCUCAAUACAUAACCCACAACCAAACUCACGUCAAAUGUUCUGAAUGUGAUUUUGAAGCAUCAAAAAAAACGGUCAGAUUACAUGAAGAGGAAGUGCACGCUAUGAUUGACGGGGUCAAAAAAACGUUUGUCUCCCUCGAAGCUCCCGAGGACAUUGAGAAAUGGAUUGCAGAGAGGAAGAAGCGAUACCCGACGGAUGAGAACAUUCGCAAGAAGCAACAAGAAGAAGAAGAACGAAUAGCACGCGGAGAGGUGAUUCGAGGUGAGAAGGGGGGUCCAAGAGGGCGAGGGCGUGGACGUGGACAUGAAGGCACACACACGUCAUCCAGCACGAAGCCACCCAAGGAGGAAAAUGUUCUCGGUAUGAUAUCCGCCUACGCUUCGGACGACGACGCUAUUUCGUCCUCUUCCACAUCUGAAGCUGAAGGACAAAGAGAAAAUGACGCUGAACCACGGAAACAAGCCAAGCGACCCAUACGGCUCUGUAAAUACUUUGUUCGCGGGAAAUGUUUGAAAGGGGAUGAAUGCACCUUUCGACAUGAAAAGCCUGAAGCAAAACCCAAAAAACCACGUUCGACCGCGCCAAUUGUGCAGCAAAAGAGACGCCCCUUACUGAAAAUGCUUCUGGAGGCGGAUAUCAGAAAAGAGAAGAAUAUUAUCCUGCAAUGUAUACGGCAUAUCGUCCAGCAAAAUUUCUUUCAGGAUACAAACCAUUAGGAUAGAUCAUCACCUUUGCACAUAGUCACCAAUUAUUUAACGGCAAACACGUGUAACUAUAAUAUCUCCAGCAAAACAUUGAGAAACAUGCAUUGUGUAAAGA